AGAAAACGCAUUGUUUUUCAUGAAAAUUAUUUUAAAAAAAUUAGCGGAGAAGACGCAUAGGUUCCCUUCAAGGCAAAAUGUAGUCCGGAGGGGGGGCGGAGCGGGUCACGACCUCUGACGUGAUGUCAGAGACGGGGUGCAUACUUGUGUGAGGACGUGGCCAGGGAGCUCGGAGCCUCUGGAGACGCGAUGUUGCCCAACGUGAACCAAGCGGCCACGGGCCUGUACGACCUUCUCAUUCAAGCAAUGGAAGAAGUAAAGAAAGAUCCAUUUUUCUUUGAGACUGAUGUCCAAGUGAAAUUGAUUACUGAAAAUCGGGCAAAUCCUUUAGAAGGUUUUGGGAGUAGAUAUGGCAUGAGAUUUAUUAUGGAGAAAGUGCGUUCGAAAGAAAAAGAAAUGGAGCGUACAGAAGAAUCACAGUCUGAAGAAUCAGUUAUUUCUGAUUUCCCCAUGAAUGGAAAUUCUGGACCACUUGCUUUACCUGUUAGGAGAGCCAGGCAGCUGAUUGGACUUUAUACCAUGACCCAAAAUCCUAAUAUGACCCAUUUGAAGAUUAAAGGACCAGUUAAACCUCUUCCUCCCUUAUGGGUAAAAUGUGACAGUUCAGAUCCUGAAAGUACCUGUUGGCUAGGUGCUGAACCUAUUAGAACAAAGAAGGGCAUUGCAGGAAUUGUCUUACAAGUGGUCACAUGUAAAGGUCCCACACCUGAAAAAAACACUUCUGUAAAUCUUGAAGAUUUGAAAAGUUCACACCUGAAAAGACAUAAGUCAUCUACUGUAACAACUAGGGGUUUUGCUCAGUAUGAGCUGUUUAAAUCCACUCCCUUAGAUGAUAACAUUCCCUUUUCACACACUACUAUUGGUUUGGAUAUUUCAUGGAGUCCUGUGGAUGAGCUUCUCCAAACACCUCCUCUCACCUCUGCUUCAGUAUUGAAUAUUAAAGUGGAACCUGGAGAUCCUAGAAGCCCUUUGUACCACCUGCAUAGAGAACUGAAGUUUCUAAUUGCUUUGGCUGAUGGAUUGACAACUGGUGUUACUGAAUGGCCUGAGCCUACGGAGGCUAAAUCAUCUGUUGACCUUGUUCAGGAAUUUCUCAAUGAUUUAAAGAGUAAGUUGGAUGGAUUUGAUAAUGCAGCAAAAAAAGUCAAGGUAUUGAAAUGUGAUACUGCUGCAGUUGAUGAUUCCAUUAAGUGUCUUUUCACAGUACGAGGUGAUCUGGAUUUCGCUGAGCAGCUGUGGUGCAGAAUGAGAAUGAGUGUCACCUCAUACCAAGAUUUGGUGAAGUGCUUUACAUUGAUCUUACAGUGUUUAAGACGUGGGGAUGUUCAGCCAUGGCUCCACAGAGGGAGUAGUGGUUUACUUAGUAAACACAUUCAGCAGUCUUACCAUGGAGCCAUGGAUAUAGUUCCACUCACUGGUACCACUCCAAUUAGAAUGCUUUUGGAGGUUGGUUUGGACAAAAUAAAGAGAGAUUACAUUAACUUUUUUAUAGGCCAGGAGCUUGCAUCAUUAAACCACUUGGAUUACUUUAUUUCCACAUCCUUAGAUACACAAGAACAAGUUCGUCGUGUUAGGAAACUGCACCACAUCCUGGAAGUUGUCAUCAGUUGCAUGGUAUACCUUAAACUUCCACAUGAAAUCCUGUUUACUUUAGCACAGUCUUGCAUUUUAUAUUAUAAGAGAAACCCUCUUAAUGAGAAGCAUACAUUUCAGCUGCCAGUCAGACCAAUUGUCAUAAAAAAUUUCUAUCAGAGUGAGACUCCAAAAAAAUGGAGAGUGGAAAUAAAUAGCGGACAGAAGGAAGUUAAAACACUUUGGCAACUGAGUGACACCCCAUCAAUAAGCCAUCUGAAUUUUAGCAAACAAGAUCUGUCUGAGUCAGCAUUCAACAGUAUUCUUGAAGAAAAAAUGUAUUUCACUAACAUGGUUGCCUGCAGCAAAGUGCAUUUCACUUAAAGUGUGUUGAUAUCAUCUUGUAAGAGUAACCAAAAAGGAAACUCUGCAGGCCUUUGAAACCAAAUGAAGAUGAAGACACUAAACUUUAUAUGGAAUGAAGCUAUUUUGUUAGUAACCUUUUAUAAGUAACCUU